UUUUUCAAGUGAAUUUUUAUAAAACCGUAGAAACAAAAAUGGACUGUUUUUUACAUCAGAUAUAUUUUUCAAGAUGCUCGGAAGAGUAUACCUAUCAAGUAUCUACACUAAAACAAGGAGGUAUUAAGCAGAUUAGAAUCUCUCUUGAUCUCUACACGUCGCAAUUAGAAAUAAAUAAAACAAUUAAACAAAUUACGAACGUAGAUACCUGUUUCACGUCAUGUCAAAAUAAGUACCUACUGUAGGUAUUCAUAAAAUGCUACAAUGUUUGAAGUGGAUGAUUAGCAGUAAAAACUGUGAGCACGAGACCUGUAAAUGUCAAUUUCAAUGGAACAUCGUGUUUCAUAUUUUAUAAAGUAGGCAUAGAACGCGAUAUCAUUUUCUCGUACUCGUUCUGCGGCAUUAUUUCCAUUCAUGUGUGUAUUCAUUUUGGUUCUACGAGAUAUUGGACAAAAUUCGCACAAGGAUUUAUCCACUGAAACAUUUUGAGAAAAACAUGGAGAAGUACAAAUUUUGGUUUUCGAAGCGUUUUGCUGUCGGUAUAUUGGCUUUUUUCGGUGAGAUGAAUAUGUUCGCGUUGAAAGCUAACUUGAACAUAGCUAUAUUGGACAUGACAAGCAAGACAGAAAUCGUCAUAGGCAAUACAACAGUUACACGAAAUCCAGAAUUCAAUUGGGACUCGAAAACUAAAGGCUUUAUUCUAAGUGCACACGAAUACGGAUUGUUGUCAGCACCGUUGGGUGGAUACCUCGCGACAAGAUUUGGAGGCUCGACGGUCAUUACCAUCAGCAACUUGAUCAUCUCUAUUUUGACUAUAUUGACUCCUUUGAUAAUUCGUUGCAGUUUCCAACUCUUCAUCGUCGAUCGAAUAAUAGAAGGAGUGACUUAUGCAUUCAGGUUCGUCAGUCUGGCCGACUUAUGGAGCAAAUGGUCACCCAACAGAGACAGGUCCAAACUAAUGGCUAUAACAUUAACUGGAAUGGGUGCAGCACCUGCCAUAACAUAUCCUAUAUUUGGAGUGAUCACUCGAAAAUACGGUUGGCCAGCAACUUUUUACUUUUCUGGUGCAAUUUCCUUACUGUGGUCUGCCAUAUGGAUUCCUUUGGUGCCCAAUAGUCCGGCAUCAGAUAAAUGGAUAUCGAAAGAAGAAUUGAGUUACAUACAACAAGAUCCUAAGCAAUCUAGACCGAAAAAUAUUAAAGCAAUUUGGAAAAAUAUGAUUUUCAGUAAGCACGUCUACGCUGCGGGUUUGGCAAAGGCAGUCUACACUCAUGGACUUACAAUAACUGUGGUCUGCUUACCUAUGUAUAUUCAAGACCUCACAGGAAGCAAAAUUGAUAAAAUUGGAAUGUACGCAGCCAUACCAACCUUUGUAGGUAUGUUCACCUUGCCCUUGACUGGUUUCAUGAUGGAUUACUUGAACAAUACGAGUAGUUUGAAUCUUACUCAGAUUCACAAAUCAUUCAUGUGUGCAGCAUUCGGGGUUGGAGGAGUUUUAUUACUUGCAAUGGCCUAUUUACCACAUAAUUUCAUCUUUUCGAUGAUAUGUUUAAGUCUGCUCAAGUCCACUGUAUCGGUUAAUGAAGUGGUAUGCAACCUGAACGCUAUCGCUCUGGCACCAAAAUGUCCAAGUGUCUUGAUUAGUUUCACAGUUUUAUUUUAUAUGCUGGGUGCAUCUACUGGUACACUGAUCGUAGCCUUCAUAGUAACUGGACACAGUCUCUCUCAAUGGAGCACUGCCUUCACAACGUUUGCAAUGAUAUUAUUCCUUGGAGCAAUUAUGUUCUUAGUAAUGGGAUCAGCUGAACCGCAACCGUGGUCUUUUUCUGUCGAUGAGCAAAAAAAGAAAAGUGAACUCCAAGAAGACCAAUCAAGCCCACCAAAGGUGAUUUCAAAAUGAUGAUUGUUUCCUUUUGCACUCU